GAUUGAUAAAAAGACAUGCCCCUCCUCAACCCAAUUGAGCUCACCACCAACUCGAUCUUUUUUUUCCCUCAGGAAAAUCACGCAUUGCUUAUUUGAUCCUGUUUUUCUCCUUUUCAUUCUUGCUCCGUCAGAUAAAGAAGAGUAUUAGCAGAAUUGAUAAACCCCCUCGGUCACAAUGGCUGAAACCAAAGUUCAACCCACCUGCCUGAUCGUGAUCGAUGGCUGGGGCAUUCCUUCGGCCGACUCUCCCAAAGAUGGCGAUGCCAUUGCUGCCGCCAACACCCCUGUCAUGGACGCCUUUUCCCAGAACAAGGACCAGUUCGUCGAGCUCGAGGCCUCUUCUUAUGCCGUCGGUCUCCCCAAAGGCCUGAUGGGCAACUCCGAAGUCGGCCACUUGAACAUUGGUGCGGGCCGUGUCGUCUGGCAGGACGUCGUGCGCAUCGACAGCGACAUUGAGGAGGGCAAGUUCGCCGAUAAUGAGGUUAUCAAGAACGCCUUCGAGAGCGCCAAGGACGGCAACGGCAGGCUACAUCUCUGCGGUCUCGUCUCCCACGGCGGUGUUCACGCCAAACAAGACCAUCUUUACGCCCUUCUCCUCGCCGCCAAGAAAUACGGCGUCCCCAAGGUCUUCAUCCAUGCCUUUGGUGACGGUCGCGAUACCGAUCCCAAGUCCGGCGCAGGUUACCUGGAGGAACUCGUCGGGAAGCUGAACGAGUUUGGUAUCGGCGAGAUCGCGACCGUGGUGGGCCGCUACUAUGCCAUGGACCGUGAUAAGCGCUGGGAGAGGGUCGAGAUCGCCCUGAAGGGCAUGGUCCUUGGGGAGGGCGAGCAGAGCGAUGACCCCGUCAAGACGAUCCGGGAGCGGUACCAGCGCGGUGGUCCGCAAGACAAGGACGAGUUCCUGGCCCCCAUCAUCGUUGGCGGGGAUGAGCGACGGAUCAAGGAUGACGAUACCGUCUUCUUCUUUAACUACCGCUCCGACCGUGUCCGUCAAAUCACCCAGGUCAUGGGCGACGUCGACCGCUCCGUGCUUCCCGACUUCCCCUACCCUAAGAUCGCCUCUCUCGUUACCAUGACCCAAUAUAAGCUCGACUACCCGUUUACCGUCGCUUUCCAGCCCCAGCGCAUGGAUAACGUGCUGGCCGAGUGGCUGGGCAAGCAAGGCGUCAAGCAAGUCCACGUGGCCGAGACGGAGAAGUACGCGCACGUUACCUUCUUCUUCAACGGCGGCGUCGAGAAGCCCUUCGCCCUGGAGACGCGCGCGCCGGGCGACCUUGUCCCCUCCAAGAAGCAAGUGGCCACCUACGAUCUCGCCCCGAAGAUGUCGGCCCAGGAAGUCGCCGAUCGCGUGGCCGACCGGAUCAGGGCCGUCGGCGGCGAGGAGUUCCCCUUCGUCAUGAACAACUUUGCGCCCCCCGACAUGGUCGGCCAUACCGGCGUCUACGAGGCGGCCAUCAUCGGCUGCGAGGCCACGGAUGCCGGCAUCAAGACCAUCUACGACGCCUGCGUCGAGCGGGGCUACGCCCUGUUCAUCACCGCCGACCACGGCAACGCUGAGGAGAUGAAGUUCCCCGACGGCAGCCCGAAGACCAGCCACACCACCAACAAGGUGCCCUUCAUCAUGGCCAACGUCCCCAAGGACUGGCGCCUGGUUCCCUACUGGGACGAGAAGAAGGGCAAGUACCUUGAGCCCGUCCUCGGCGAUGUUGCCCCGACCGUUCUUGCGGCCAUGGGUCUGCCCCAGCCCGAGGAGAUGGACGGCCACAGCUUGCUGCAAAAGGGUGUCGCCGAUCAGAUUGCCGGGCAGAAGAGGAAGGAGCAGGCCUCCUAAGUAUAUCUUCUCUCGUUGAGAAGAGACCGGGGUGUACAAGAUAUAGGGCGGGGAAAUGAAUGGAUGAUCAAAGAAGUAAAUGACGUUCUGAAUGAAGACGAAGCCACUACGAUGUGCUAUGAUAAAGGAUAGCAGAUGGAUGUUUGGAUGGCCGGAUGAAUGAUACACACCACCUAAACGUGCGAGGAUGCACGUUCAACUUGCGGUGUUAUAGAUACCUUACCUUAGGAAGUCCUCCGAGUCGUCGAGACUCACCUUAUACAGUCCGCUGUUGCGCAGCUAACACUCGGUCCCCGUGUUCCCCAGUGAGGGGGUUGGGGGGUUCAAUUUAUAUUAUUUUUUCUUCA